CAUAGAAAAUGAGGUUAUAUGAUUUGCAGUUCCAGUGCUGAAAAAGCGAAUUAAGUCCAGAAGAGGGUUCAACUUCCAAGGAUUUCUGUAUUGGUGAUACUGCAGAUGGAAGUUAAAAAGUGGUGAUUUAAUGACUUGAAAGCUUCUUCAAGAUGCCCAGAAUGAAUUUAAAUGUGGUGCUUUACCCAAAAAAAUGGAAUUCUAGACAGAACAGUUUGCUGCUGGAAAUAAAUGGACCAAGACCAAGAUGUUACCAUGUUGUAUGGGACUAUGAGAGACCUUUAAGAAGGCCAAAUUUAAUAACAAAAUGAAGCACAUUAUGGGGAUGAACAACUGUGCCUGAAGACUAUCAUUAAGAUAAAAAACCUAUUGUUCAAAUUUUCUUCUUUCCAAAUGAUACAGUUUACCUAUGCAUCAAAUGCACUGACCAAAACUUAAGGAUAGGAAACGUGCAGGAUACUCCAACCUCACCUCCUGCACUCUAAUGAUAAAAAAAUUUUAAAAAUAAUAAUAACUAUAAUGUACCCUUAUGUACAAGAGGAAACCAAACUAGUAAGCCAAGAAGAAAAUAACUAGUGCAUGAAAUGACAGUUUAGCUCAUAAAUGUCUUUCUAAUACCAUUUAUCUGAAUAUCUACAGUUCCACAAGAAAGGAUAGAAAAUCAAAGUCAUCCAUAGUCAAAAUGCUGAAGAGUUCUUCUGUAGUUGAAAGAUAAGUAAACAAAUUUCACAUUC